AGUCCAGGGAAAUACUUGCUUGUAACUUUCUGGAUUCUUGGAUUUUUUUUGUUUCUAGUUUUUUGCUUUUUCUUAACUUUCACUAAGGGUUACUGUAGUCUGAUGUGUCCUCCCCAAGGCUACAAAAUUUGACAAGCUGCACUUUUUCUUAUGCUCAAUGAUUUCUGCUUUAAGCCAAAGGACUGCCUAUAAUUUCAUUAACAAUGUCUUCUAAUUCGGAUACUGGGGAUUUACAAGAAUCUCUAAAGCACGGACUUACACCUAUUGUGUCUCAGUUUAAAAUGGUGAAUUACUCCUAUGAUGAAGAUCUUGAGGAACUCUGUCCCGUUUGUGGAGAUAAAGUGUCUGGGUACCAUUAUGGGCUCCUCACCUGUGAAAGCUGCAAGGGCUUUUUUAAGCGAACAGUCCAAAAUAAUAAAAGGUACACGUGUAUAGAAAACCAGAACUGCCAAAUUGACAAGACACAGAGAAAGCGUUGUCCUUACUGUCGAUUUCAAAAAUGUCUAAGUGUUGGAAUGAAGCUAGAAGCGGUAAGGGCGGACCGAAUGCGUGGAGGGAGGAAUAAGUUUGGGCCCAUGUACAAGAGGGACAGGGCCCUGAAGCAACAGAAAAAAGCCCUCAUCCGAGCCAAUGGACUUAAGCUAGAAGCCAUGUCUCAGGUGAUCCAAGCCAUGCCCUCCGAGCUGAGCAUCUCCUCUGCAAUUCAGAACAUCCAUUCUGUCUCCAAAGGCCUACCUCUGAACCACGCUGCCUUGCCUCCUACAGACUACGACCGGAGUCCCUUUGUAACGUCCCCCAUCAGCAUGACAAUGCCACCUCCUGGCAGCCUGCAAGGGUACCAGACCUACAGCCACUUUCCCAGCCGGGCCAUCAAGUCUGAGUACCCAGACCCCUACACCAGCUCCCCGGAGUCCAUCCUGGGCUACUCCUACUUGGACACUUACCAGACCAGCUCCCCGGCCAGCAUGCCCCACCUGAUCCUGGAACUGCUGAAGUGUGAGCCCGAUGAGCCCCAGGUCCAGGCCAAGAUCAUGGCCUAUUUGCAGCAGGAACAGGCGAGCCGCAGCAAACACGAGAGACUGAGUACAUUCGGGCUCAUGUGCAAGAUGGCAGAUCAGACCCUCUUCUCCAUCGUGGAGUGGGCCCGGAGCAGCGUCUUCUUCAGGGAGCUCAAGGUUGAUGACCAAAUGAAGCUGCUUCAGAACUGCUGGAGUGAGCUCUUAAUUCUCGACCACAUUUACCGACAAGUGGUUCACGGAAAGGAAGGAUCCAUCUUUCUGGUUACUGGGCAACAGGUGGACUUUUCCAUCAUAGCCUCACAAGCGGGGGCCACACUCAACAACCUCAUGAGUCACGCACAGGAGCUGGUGGCAAAGCUUCGUUCUCUACAGUUUGACCAACGAGAGUUCGUGUGUCUGAAAUUCUUGGUGCUCUUUAGUUUAGAUGUCAAAAACCUGGAGAACUUCCAGCUGGUCGAAGGUGUCCAGGAGCAAGUCAACGCUGCCCUGCUGGACUAUACAAUGUGCAACUACCCACAGCAAACAGAGAAAUUCGGGCAGCUGCUACUCCGACUACCUGAAAUCCGGGCCAUCAGCAUGCAGGCCGAGGAAUACCUCUACUACAAGCACCUGGACGGCGAUGUCCCCUACAACAACCUGCUGAUUGAAAUGCUGCAUGCAAGACGAGCUUAGUUACAGCGCCUAGGAGUGCGGCGUCCGAAACACAAAGAGAUCGGUGGUGGGGAAAGAAGGACGGGAAGAAAGGGAAAAAAAAAAUACUCUGAAUGGCUCCAAGCAACACAAAUUAAACACUUGGUUUAAAGAUAUUGAAUUUAAUAAAGCAUACUAAUCAAACACUUAAUAGCCAAUAAAUGACGGAUCAGGGUAUUUGCAUUGCACACUGCGAAUCAAAGGCGUCACAUCCCCAAAGAAUUCUGUAUAAAAGACAUUGGAAUGGAGUGAAUUGAACGCACAGGUGGAUCCCAACACCACAUCAGGAUGAAAAUGGACAAGAACAGUUCUUGUAUAUUGAAACUGAUCUCCGCUGUGAAGAAAUCUAGGAACUGA